AACUACGCCAGGCAACGGCGCAGCAAGAUGGCGGCGCCGGAGACGGAGGUGGUGGCAGCGGGUCCCGGGACCGGCCCUGAACAGCAAGUGACUAGCAAUGGAACUGCAGGGGGAGGUGAAGGGGUUGUCGAAACCCAGCAACAGAACCAGCCCCCACAGCAAGCUCCGAAUGCCUGGCAGGUCAUCAAAGGAGUCUUGUUCAGGAUUUUUAUCAUCUGGGCCAUCAGCAGUUGGUUCCGUCGUGGGCCGGCACCACAGGAUCAGACCACCGCUGGCGGGGCACCCAGGGCACCGAGCCGAAAUCUCUUUCCUAAAGACACUUUAAUGGAUCUUCAUGUCUAUAUAUCAGAGCAUGAGCACUUUACAGAUUUCAACGCUACCUCGGCAUUGUUUUGGGAACAACGAGACCUUGUGUACGGGGACUGGACCAGUGGCGAGAAUUUCGAUGGGUGCUACGAACGCUACGCAGAGUUAGAUGUUCCUGAGAGUGUUCAACACAAUGGUUCCCUUUACAUCCACGUGUACUUUACGAAGAGCGGUUUCCAUCCCGAUCCGAAGCAGAAGAAUCUGUACAGGCGACUCGCUACAGUCCACACGUCGCGAAUGAUAAAUAAGUACAAACGCCGGCGGUUCCAGAAAACCAAGAAUCUACUAACAGGGGAGACGGAAGCGGAUCCUGAAAUGAUAAAAAGAGCUGAAGACUACGGCCCCGUGGAGGUGAUCUCGCACUGGCACCCGAAUCUCACCAUCAAUAUUGUGGAUGACCACACACCCUGGGUCAAGGGCAGCGUCCCUCCACCUCUGGACCAAUAUGUGAAAUUCGACGCGGUGAGUGGUGACUACUACCCUAUCCUGUACUUCAACGACUAUUGGAACUUGCAGAAGGACUACUUCCCUAUCAAUGAGACAUUGGAGCAGUUGCCUCUCCGCCUUUCCUUCUGCCCGCUGUCGCUGUGGCGGUGGCAGCUGUAUGCCGCCCAGAGCACCAAGUCCCCUUGGAACUUCCUGGGGGAGGAUCUGUACGAACAGUCGGACGAGGAGCAAGACUCUGUGAAGGUUGCUCUUUUAGAAACAAAUCCAUAUCUGCUGGCUCUGACCAUUGUCGUUUCCAUUGUACAUAGCAUUUUUGAAUUCCUCGCUUUCAAAAAUGAUAUUCAGUUCUGGAACAGCAGGCAGUCUCUAGAGGGUCUCUCUGUCCGUUCAGUCUUCUUCGGGGUGUUCCAGUCCCUCGUCGUCCUCCUCUACAUCCUGGACAACGAAACCAACUUCGUGGUGCAAGUCAGCGUUUUCAUUGGGCUCCUCAUUGACCUCUGGAAGAUCACCAAGGUCAUGGAUGUCAGGCUGGACCGGGAAAACAAAAUUGCCGGGAUCCUUCCACGCUUAACGUUCAAAGACAAAUCGACGUACAUAGAGACAUCUACCAAAGUCUACGAUGACAUGGCUUUCCGGUAUCUCUCUUGGAUCCUCUUCCCGUUGCUGGGCUGUUACGCGGUGUACAGCCUCCUCUACAUGGAGCACAAGGGCUGGUACUCCUGGGUCCUCAGCAUGCUGUACGGAUUCCUGCUGACUUUUGGCUUCAUCACCAUGACACCUCAGCUGUUCAUCAACUACAAGCUGAAGUCGGUGGCCCACUUACCGUGGCGGAUGCUGACCUACAAAGCUCUCAACACCUUCAUCGACGACCUCUUUGCCUUCGUCAUCAAAAUGCCCAUGAUGUACAGGAUAGGCUGUCUUCGAGAUGAUGUCGUUUUCUUCAUUUACCUCUACCAGCGGUGGAUCUACCGGGUGGAUCCGACCCGCGUCAACGAGUUCGGGAUCAGCGGGGAGGACCGGGGGUCUCGGACGACGACGCAGGGCGCCAUUCAGCAGGGCGGCACUCCUGCCGCGCCGGCCAGCGGUGCCCCCGAGGCGAUAACAGAGGGCCCGGCCAACGGCGCUCCUGCGGCAGCGACAGAGCACGUGGCCAGCGGCGCUCCUGAGGCCGGCUCGGCAGGCGUGCUGGACGGUGCCCCCGAAACACUCCCGCUGAAAACGGCGGAGGAGAAGAAGAAAGAUUAAACCUGCUCUAACUGUUAUUUUUUAAAAAUCCCUAACUUGACACUCUCACUGAUGGAUAAUGGACAGGAAGCGGAUGGGUGAUGGCAGGAGUUGCUUCGGCCCUCCAGGGUCCAAAGCUUUUUUUUGUUUUAUAUUCCGGUAAACUCGCUGGGGGGCAGGACGGAGGUCGGGGGUCAUUGGGAUGGGGCGAGAGCGACCGCUUGCAAUGUUGGUGCCGUUCGAUGUGACAUGUUGUAUCCACGGGAGAGAAACCUCACUUCCCCCCCCCCCCCCCAAACUCACUCCUCCGUAAAUCUCUAUGUUUAAAGCAAAACUCAAACCAGUAAUCAUUGUGACCUCCAUUCCAUUGUGCGGGUAUUUAGGACAUUUGUUAUUAAGGAGUUUCCCUCCAAGUUGUGUCUCCGUUUCAUAAAGAGAGCUGAUUAUCAGAACAAAACGAAACAAAAGAAAUACUGUUUCUCAUCGUUACAUCCUAAUACAGACUCCGGAUUUAAUAAAUUCAUAUGGGUGUUUAAGUUAAAGACCAAA